AAGUUUUUUGGGCCUAUGCUACACAUUUAGGUUAUGUCAUUGUAGGUUAUCCAAAGUCUAUAUUUCAAAAUGACUGUGAAACCUCGAGAACGACAAGAAGACGGAGACGAUGACCCAGUUGAGUCUAUGUUAAAGAAAACGGGAUGUUUAGAGUUACAUUACAAAGUUCAGGAAUGCAUUGCCACUACUAAGGACUGGAGAAAAUGCCAAACAGAAGUAAACAAUUUUAAAAACUGUAUUAACAAACAUAAGCAAGAAGAAAGUUCUAAGAUAAAAAAAUAAUUUAUUGUGCAUAGUAAAAAUAAUAGCAUAUAAAAUAGUAUACAUAAUUUUAUCGUUUAUUAUUCUUAAGAAACUGAAUUUUAUUAAAUUUUAAAUUUUUUUUUGUUUAUU